AUGCAGAGCAACAAGAAGGGCAUGGAUGGCUUCAGUGACUCCUCAAGCAUUGGCAGUCUGCUGGACGACGCAGACCGUGAGGUGAGCAGCCUCACCGACCGGGCCUUCCGCAGCCUGUGCAUCUCUGAGGACACUUCCUUCAGUGAGUCCCCAGAUGUCACCUGCCAGGUGCUGGGGAGUCUGCACCAGGGCACUGUGAGCCAUACACAGAGGAAAAGUGGCCUCUGGAGCCAGCUCCCCACACAGGGUGAAGAGCACACUGGCUGGGCAGCCACAUUCCAGCAGCUACCCAAGUAUGUCCAAGGAGAGGAGAAGUACUCAAAGGGCAGCCCCCCAUCCACACCAGCCCAGAGGACACUGGAAGUGCCAGCUUCUGGCCUGAGGAGCAGCAAUAAACCCCUUUCCAAAGUAUCAUCUCUAAUCAAGUCCUUUGACAGAUCAGAGAGCCAACGAAGUGAUAGCAGACCUCCCACAAGUAAAUCACCUAUUCUGAAAACAGCCCCCAAGUUUGCUCCUCUACCAGACAGUGGUGUCAACUUCUGCUUUGACUCAGCCUUUCUGACAGUCAGGAGGGUGCCUGCUGAACUCACUCACCAGAGUACCUGUCCAUCUGCCGGGAAACAGGGUGACCAGGAGUCCCCACAGAACCCUGAAACAGCCUGCCACAGCUCAUGCAGCUUCCUUCCAGCCCCUGAAGAUACCCCUAACUCCUUCGAGUCCAAGUUCCACUCCCCAGCCCACAAGGCAGGCAGAAGUGAGCCCAGGAAAGACAAGGAGUGGGCUCCAAAGGGGACCUUCCUUCACAGUGAGAACAGUGCCUUUGAGUCAUGGAGCACCCAUCACCCACGGCUGGUGAGGACAAAGGACCCAGCUGAAGGAGGCUCAGAUGGCAAAGGGCCCCAACAAUACCAGGAUAUGCCCCUGCUAAGAGAACCCCAUCCACCUGAGUGCAAAGUCUCUCCCAGCCAUGAGUGGGUGGGCUGUGGUCAAGAAGAGAACAGGCUGCCCACUGGGGCUCUCUCUACAUCUGGAGCCUGGGACUCAGGGGACCUUGAGGUCCAGGGGCUCAAUGAGGAGGGAAAACUUUCCAGCUCACAGCCAGCCACUCCAGGUAAGCCAGCCCAGCACCCAUGGAGGAAACCAAAGGCCAGCAAAGGAAGCAAAGAGAGCCAGCAGGACCCUGCUGGGGAAAAGAGCAGAGGGUACACAAAGCAGAGCCCACAGGCACUGGUGCCUACCACUGAAGGCCCUGAACUGCCUGUGGACUCCAGCAAACACUAUAUGCCUCCUUUUAACAUCAGUAAGCUCUUGACACCCAUCAUCCCCACCAAGCAUGUCCUGGACACUCUGAACAGCCAGCCAGCAUCUCCCCCAGGACAGCCCAAUGGCUACCAAGAGAAGGAGCCAGGCGAAAGCCAGUGCCAGGACAGUUACAAAUCCAAGGUCCCUAGCCUGCUGUUCAAUCUCAAAGAUGUCCGCAAGCGGGUGAAAAGCACCUACAGUCCCAGCCCUCUCUUGAAAGGCCUUGAUGAGAAGGCCAGAGACAAGACUGACAGUAAGCAAGAGUCUGUCAGUAAUGGAGUCAACUUACCUAAUGGACUUGAGGACCAUCCUGAAAGUCAGCUUUCUAAGGAGAGAAUGUCAACUGUCCCUACAACAUUGUGUGUCAGCACCUCAAAGCAUCCCAGAGCCAACCCCAGUGAGCCACCUGCAGACAACUAUCCAUCUCUUAGCUCACCUCCAGCUACCUCCAAAACCUCUUCCUGGGUCAACAGGGAGGCUGAGGCAGGUGGCUAUGAGAAGAGUGGUGCUGAUGGAGAGACAAAGCUCAACCCCUCCAGGCUGCCAUGCUGGGACCCAGACUCCAGCCAGCAUGGCCUGAAGAAGCACCUUUCUCUGAAGCUUUGCAGCCAAGACCCGGAGGCCAUGAAGGCUGCAGAGACACUGUAUGCUCACCAGCUGCAGAAUGGGUUCUGCAGGUCAGUCUCCCAGGACACAGAGCCCGAGCGGGAGGCAGGCCAGGGGAACGCAGACACCCAGCAGAAGUCCUCCCCAAGGCCCUCACCUGAGGAGGAAGAUGUGUUCUACAGUGAUGCACAGUCCGAUUUCAUGCCAGGCCUCCAAGGCAGAGCCAAAUUCAGCACAAGCUCUUCAGAUCAAUCUUUUGCCUCAUUUGAGGACCAGCAGAAAAUGUGGAGUGUCGAGAGCCAGCAGGAGGACAGGAAGAAUGACUUGAAUGCCGAUGACAGUCAGAGUGACAAGAAGGAGAGAAUAGGAGGGAAAGAUGGAGAACAAUCCUACGCUGCCAGCAAUGUGCAUGUGUGCAGAGAUGAGAAGAGUGAGAGGGACAGGUUGCCCAGAGACAGGCAGGGUGUGACUGGGGGACGAUCAGAGCAGGCAGCCGCAGAAGAAGCCGAGUUCAGAGACCCUUGGGCUGAAGCAAGUAAGGCCACAACCCCUUCCUGUGCUAAAGAUGCCUCUGUGACACCAUCUUCCACUUUGAACAAGCACAUAUUAUUUAUGAUUAAAGACAACACUCUCAGAGCCACCCCUGUAAUCAGACCCAUCAUGCUGCCCCUCCUGAAGACUGUGUCCUCAGAGGACCCAACUGGUGACCAAAAAGAGGCCACCAAGGAGUCCCUAAGGCCAGGUAAGGAUGCUGGUCUCCACUCCCCAGAGAGCCAGGGAAUGCCUGGUAUCCACUGCCAACCUUUUAAUACUCGGGCCACACACUGGAGGCACCCGGAGGACCCCAACCAGGCACCCAGUGAAGCCAAGGCAGAAAGCUUAAAGCCAACAGGGAAGAGAUAUCUCACAUCUCCUCCACUGCUGGUAGAGGGUGAUAGGGGGAGAUCACCCCCAGAUAUGGCCCCUGUGGGUGUCAGGAGCAAUAGCAGUAACAGUUCCACAGACCAGGGGAGGCUGGAUGCUCUCAAACGCAUCCCCAAGAUCACUUUACUGGAAGACAACAGAGAACAAGAGCCACCUCCACCCUUGCUGGGAACCUGUUGGGAUGAGCCAAUGCAUAGUUUCAAAAGUAACUUAUUGUCCCCACCCGGAGCAGGGACCCUGGCAAGAAGACUGGGCCCUGGGGACUUCACGACCUUGCCCAACCCCAGGUCCCUGGAGGGGGAUAGUGCAUGCUCGCCCACCACCAGCAGUGUCUGGGAGGAUGCCUCCCAGGCCCCCAGUGACUUGGGCUCACCACAACAGGAACCCUGGGCCCGUCUCAGCCCUGGGUCAGUCACCCGGCGAGAAGAUCUGACCCAUGCCUUAUGGUGUGAGGAGGCCUCUGACCCUCAACUUGAACCAACAGCACAAAACCUCAGACCUCUCUCUCCAAGAGGCUCUCUUGAGGAUAUGGCCACUGCUUCAGCAAGCUUCCCAGAGAGACCAGAUAGACCAGUGGGCAAGCCACCUGCAGUCCCCCCCAAAACUGAAAAAGCCCUGAGGCGGGCAAAGAAACUGGCCAGCAAGAGGAGGAAGAAAGAUCAAGGGCGAGGGAGACUGGACGAACCCUGGGAGGAUAGGCCCUGGCCGGAGGACUCAAAGCACACCGGGCAGAGGCCACUGUCCCCUGAGGAGGUGCCCCGGCGACUCAGUCUCCCCUCAGUCAGGUCCCUGCCCCCUCCCAUGCAUCGUCACUCUGUGUCCAGCUUUUUGGAGCACAGCAGAAGGCAACCAGGGUUUUUUCAGCCAGGCAAGCCUCUGUUCCCUUAUCCCACCACACAGAAGGUCCUCCAAGACCCCCAGUCUGGAAAGUACUUUGUCUUUGACUUACCACUCCAAGUGAAAAUCAAGACCUUCUAUGACCCAGACACAGGCCGCUAUCUCAAGGUCCCCAUCCCGUCCUCAGCAGGGGACUCCCCAGAGUCACUCCCAACAGAUGCACUGCCUAACUCCCUCCUGCUGUUUCCUGGCUUCCGGCCCCUCCCUGUGACAGCCCUGACACCCCUGAGGUGCACCUCCCAGCUCUCUACUCCCACCUUCAUGAGACCGAGGCCUCCCACUGCCACCGAGCUGGCCACUGUUGGGCACCAGGGCUCCCACAAGGCUGGUCUGCAGCAUACCUCUCAGGUCUUCAGAGACUCCACUCAACAUGACCCUGGCCAGCACCUCGAUGGGCUUCCCCAGAACCCAGAAAAGGAGGACAGAGAUGCUCCAAGACUAGAGAUCAUUGCCAUCAAUGACUUAGAAGAUUUUGCCACGGAAGGCAUUUCUUGA